AUGGAUGUCAAAUAUGGUACUGAUAUUUGCGCAUGUGGAGCCGAAAAUGACGAAUUCUCGAAGAAAGCCGAACGAAAAGAGCGACAGACGUCCAUCAUGCUUAUCGCUAUCGUGCUGCUCUUCAUCUCAUGUAAUACGCUGGCUUUCGUUUGCAAUAUAAUGGAGAAUUUAGACGAAGUAGGACCAGUCUAUCAAAGUAUGGUGACGUUCAACAACCUUCUCGUUAUGGUCAACGCUUCGUGUAACAUAUGCGUCUACAUGCUGUUCUCUGAGAAAUACCGUAUGCUGCUGCGACAUUACGUAUGUUGCGAUUGGUCACGACAAGGCGAAAUGCUUAUUAGUUCAGUGGCUGGAUGA